UGUCAUCGAGCCGAUAUUUUUGUGACGUGUAAUUGUAGAUUUUUCAUAAGUAAAGUUUAAACAAAAUCGUGCAGCAUUAAACGAGAAUACUUCGAUAAAGUUCAAAAGGCUCAGGCAAAAUGCUAAUUAACUUCGAAUCAAAGUCUGCAAGGGUUAAGGGUCUAUCAUUUCAUCCGAAAAGACCAUGGAUUUUAGUGAGUUUGCACAGUGGGGUGAUCCAAUUAUGGGAUUAUCGAAUGUGCACGCUACUAGAGAAAUUCGAUGAGCACGAUGGGCCGGUGCGGGGUAUAUGCUUUCAUAAUCAACAACCCUUGUUUGUGUCUGGUGGUGACGACUUCAAAAUAAAGUUCUGGAACUACAAAAAACGUCGCUGCAUUUUCACCCUGCAUGGACAUUUGGACUAUGUACGCACGACGUUCUUCCAUCAUGAAUAUCCAUGGAUAUUAAGUGCGUCUGACGAUCAGACGAUUCGCAUAUGGAACUGGCAGUCGCGAACCUGUAUUUCCGUAUUGACCGGUCACAAUCACUAUGUCAUGUGUGCCCAAUUCCAUCCGACCGAAGAUCAAAUUGUUUCCGCUUCAUUGGAUCAAACCGUUCGGGUGUGGGAUAUCGCAGGUAUUGCGAAUCGUGACGGAAUGAAAGGUCUUCGUAAGAAGAAUGUUGCUCCAGGACCCGGUGAUGAUUUGCCGAAGUUACAAGGCACAACGGAUCUCUUUGGUGCAGCCGAUGCGGUUGUUAAGCACGUAUUGGAAGGUCAUGAUCGCGGAGUCAAUUGGGCUAAUUUCCAUCCGACAUUACCGUUGAUCGUAUCUGGAGCAGACGAUCGACAGAUAAAAUUGUGGCGCAUGAACGAAUACAAAGCUUGGGAGGUGGACACGUGCCGUGGUCACUACAAUAAUGUUUCCAGCGUUAUGUUCCAUCCGCGACAAGAAUUGAUUAUUUCGAACAGCGAAGACAAAAGUAUUCGCGUUUGGGACAUGACGAAACGACAAUGUCUUCAUACAUUCCGUCGUGAAAAUGAGAGAUACUGGAUUUUGACUGGCCAUCCUACAUUGAAUUUGUUUGCUGCUGGUCACGAUGCUGGUAUGGUGGUGUUCAAGUUAGAAAGAGAGCGUCCAGCGUACGCAGUCCAUGGAAACAUUUUGUAUUACGUCAAAGAACGUUACUUGCGAAAGCUUGAUUUCACCACCACCAACGAUUCCGUGGUUAUGCAACUUCGAGGCAACGGAAAGUCUCCCAUUCACAGCAUGUCCUACAAUCCGGCACUGAAUGCCAUUUUACUCUGCACACGCACAGCGAAUCUUGAAAACAGCACGUACGAUCUGUACAGCAUUCCCAAAGAAUCAGAAUCCCAAAGUUCGGAGACAGACAGUAAACGUUCGUCGGGUGUCACUGCCCUCUGGGUGGCACGAAACCGAUUCGCUGUAUUGGACCGAAACAAUCAGCUGGUCGUGAAAAAUUUCAAAAACGAAGUCACCAAGAAGUGCAUGUCGCCGUGUGAAGACAUCUUCUACGCCGGCACGGGAAUGCUUCUGCUGAAAGAUCCAGAUUUCGUGACCCUGUUCGACGUUCAACAGCUUCGUGUUAUCGCUCAAGUAAAAAUUGCCAAAUGCAAAUAUGUCGUUUGGUCGGCCGAUAUGUCGCAUGUCGCUCUGCUGGCAAAACAUACUGUUAACAUUUGCAGCCGAAACAUGGAGCUAUUAUGUUCGAUUCAUGAAAAUACUCGCGUCAAGUCCGGUGCUUGGGAUGAUUCUGGCGUUUUUAUCUACACGACCAGCAAUCACAUCAAAUACGCCAUUACGAAUGGUGACCAUGGAAUCAUUCGAACAUUGGAUUUGCCAAUUUACAUAACGCGAGUGAAAGGGAAUCAAGUAUUCUGUUUGGACAGAGAAUGCCGAACUCGGGUGUUGAACAUCGAUCCGACUGAAUUCAAAUUCAAAUUGGCUUUGAUCAAUCGCAAAUACGAGGAAGUGUUGUACAUGGUACGCAAUGCUCGACUAGUCGGACAAAGUAUUAUUGCAUAUUUGCAACAGAAAGGAUACCCAGAGGUGGCAUUGCAUUUCGUCAAAGACGAGAAAACUCGUUUCGGUUUGGCAUUGGAGUGCGGUAACAUUGAGGUAGCAUUAGAAGCCGCCAAAUCACUCGACGACAAGGAAUGCUGGGAUCGCCUCGGUCAAGCUGCAUUGUUGCAGGGUAACCAUCAAGUUGUUGAAAUGAGUUAUCAACGCACCAAGAAUUUCGAUAAACUUUCAUUCCUGUAUUUGAUCACCGGCAAUUUGGAGAAAUUGAAGAAAAUGAAUAAAAUCGCCGAAAUUCGAAAAGAUGUUUCAGCGCAAUACCAGGGCGCUUUACUAUUAGGUGACAUCAAGGAGCGUAUUUCAAUUCUGAAAAAUUGCGGCCAACAAUCUCUAGCUUAUUUGACCGCAGCAACUCAUGGAUUCGAGAACGAAGCAGCCGAAUUGAAGGAAGUCAUUGCUGCUGAUGGCAAGCAAUUACCAAUUGUGAAUCCUGCCGCAAAAUUCUUAAAGCCACCGGUUCCAGUUCAACAAGCAGAAAGUAACUGGCCGUUGUUGACCGUGUCAAGAGGAUUCUUUGAAGGUGCUAUGUUAUCGCGUGGCGCUCAAAAUGUCAAUCAGGCUCUUGCUGCACCAGAACCUAUUAUUGACAGUGGCGAACCUGAUGGAUGGGGUGCUGAUGCUGACAUCGGACUUGGCGAUGAUGACGACGAGACUGGUGAAAUGAAAGAUGCACUCGAAUCACAAGAAGGUGACGGUCCUGGCUGGGAUGUAGGAGACGAAGAUUUGGAACUGCCGGCAGAGUUAAUGUCAAAAAUGUCCAGUAGUAAUGCUGGAGAAAGCGGAGGUGGUGGCUAUGAAGCACCCACUCGCGGAAUUGCACAGUCACAGGUCUGGGCUAAUAAUACUAACUUGAUUGGCGAUCAUUUACGCGCUGGAUCGUUCGAGAGUGCAUUUAGAUUGUUAAACGAUCAAGUUGGUGUGGUCGAUUUUACAGCGUUUAAGCCUUUGUUUAUGGCAUUGUUCAAUGCAUCCAGGACAUCAUUCUCAGCACUUCCAAACCUAUCGCCAUUGGCUGGUUAUCCGCAACGGAACUGGAAAGAAAUAAAUGCGAAAAAAGCCAAUCCCACCAUUGGUGUUAAGUUGAACGACUUGGUUCAACGUCUACAAGUUUGCUACCAACUUACCACUGGUGGUAAAUUCACCGAGGCAAUACAAAAACUUCAAUCCAUUCUAAUGUCUAUUCCGCUUUUGGUCGUCGAGAAUCGACAAGAGAUAGCUGAAGCACAACAGCUGCUCAGUAUUUGUAGAGAGUACAUAGUCGGUCUGAAGAUGGAAACAACGCGUAAAGGUUUACCGAACGAUACCAUUGAACAGAGAAAACGCCACUGUGAAAUGGCUGCAUAUUUCUCGCAUUGCAACAUUCAACCGGUUCAUCAAAUAUUGACUCUGCGUACUGCACUGAACAUGUUCUUCAAGCUCAAAAACUACAAAACUGCAGCAUCAUUCGCUCGACGACUUUUGGAAAUGGGACCACGGCCAGAAGUAGCACAACAGGCAAGAAAAAUUCUGCAGGCAUGUGAAGUGAGUCCUGUAGACGAACACGAACUGCAAUACGACGAACAUAAUCCCUUCAAUUUAUGUGCCUACACUUAUCGCCCGAUUUAUAAAGGAAAACCUGAAGAAAAGUGUCCACUGUGUGGCGCUUCAUAUAAUCCAUCCUUCAAAGGUGUAGCGUGCAAUGUGUGUGAAGUGUCGGAAAUUGGAAAAGAUGUGAUUGGACUACGUAUAUCACCGUUGCAGUUCCGAUAGAAGAGCGAUAUCUUUGUUAUCCAUUGUACAGAUGCUUCAUCAUCUCUUAUUAAAUAAUCACACAAUUAUAA